AUGAGCGAGAAACCAGAGAUUUCGCCCACAAAGGGGGACACGGCCCCCGAAGACCCAAGCUUUUUAAAUGCACUGGACGAGCCACACAGCAUACAGAAAAUUGUACAAGAAGGUCUUCUACUCGCAGGGGGCGCAGCCGCUAUCCUGCUACAGGUGGCUGAGCCCGGUGUCGGGAAGGGCGUCCAUAAGCACAGCGACUUCGCGUCCCGACCACUUGACCGUCUUCGCACCACAAUGACAUAUAUUUACUGCAUGACAUACGGCACUCGAGAUGAGAAAAAGGCAAUCAUAGAGAUGGUUCAUCGAGCCCAUGCCCCCGUCAUUGGGCCAGACUAUUCCGCCAACGACCCCAGCCUGCAGUUAUGGGUAGCAGCGACACUUUAUGCAGUUGGCACUGAUCUUUAUCAAAGAGUCUUUGGAGACAUGGACAAAGACACAUCUGAUGCGAUAUACCAAGAAUAUUCGAUCUUGGCCACAUCUCUUCGUGUCCCUGCCGGGAUGUGGCCCCCAUCUCGUGUAGCCUUCUGGCAAUACUGGGAUGAUAAGAUUGCGACAGUUGAAAUCACCGAUGAUGCAAAACAUGUGGUCCAAGAUCUACUGCGAAACAAGAAGGCACCUAUUGCAGUCCGCGCUGUUCUUCCCUUGGUCCGUCUCACUACUACUGAGAUGCUGCCUCCAAGAAUUCGCGAAGCCUACGGCCUGAAGUCAACUAAGAUACGGAGAGGGUCCUACCGGUUUCUGAUGGGGCUCACCAAGGUAACAUACCCCCAUCUUCCCCGCGUGAUUCGAACCCUUCCUAUGCGGUACUAUUUGAAGGAUAUGCGACGAAGACUUGGUGAUAUGGCUUAG